GAUUGGAGAGCAAAAGCGACGGGGACAUGACGAAACGGCACAGCGGAGGACGGACAAACUAGGCUGAGAGACGGACGGACAGUUUAGUCGCCUUUCCCCCCUCCUCCUCCUCCUCCUCCCCCCUUCCUCCUCGCUGACGGCUUGACUGACACACACAGGCGCUUGGCACAGACAGGACAUACAUGCACAUCAUCCACUUUUUGCAAACACGCAGGCUGCGCAUCCGAGCGGGCAGUAAUUGGGCAGCGGAGAUCCACAGCAGAUGAGGGCAUUUCAUGUCCAGCCUGCCCAGGAAUCACUGUGACCCCGACGGAAAGGAGUUCGACUUGACAGGAUGGGGGGAGUAAGUGAAGGAGAUGAUGUGUUGGCUCGAUGGAGUGAUGGACUACUGUACCUCGGCAAUGUGAAAAGAGUAGAUGGAGUCAAGCAAUGUUGUUUGGUGAGAUUCGAGGACAACUCGGAGUUCUGGGUACUGAGGAAGGACAUCCACUCCUUCGCUGCUGGAGUGGAAGAAGUUUGCUGUAUUUGUGACGCUCCACCUCUUAAAGAACCCCUCAUAAAUUGUCUUAAAUGUCGCCACGGUUAUCAUCCAGAGUGCCACACGCCAACCAUCGAACCGGAAGCUGACAGCGAUUCGUGGAUAUGUCGGCAAUGUGUCUUUGCAGUCUCAACCAAGAGAGGCGGCGCCCUCAAACGGGGACGCUUCGCCCGACUCAUGCAAUUUAUGAAACUCCGGCUCCCCUACCAGCUGUCGUCUUUAGACUGGGACCCGCAGCAUCUGACCAAUCAGCAACAGUGUUACUGCUACUGUGCCGGACCUGGAGAGUGGAACCUGAAGAUGCUGCAGUGUGGAAGCUGUGGUCAGUGGUUCCACGAGGCCUGCACACAGUGUCUAACCAAGCCAUUGCUGUAUGGAGACAGGUUUUAUCAGUUCCAGUGUUCAGUGUGUACAAAGGGACCAGAGACCAUCCAAAGACUACCCAUGACCUGGGUCGAUUUGGCUCACUUAGUGCUGUACCAUCUCUCGCUGUGCUGCAAGAGGAAAUACUUUGAUUUUGACCAUGAAAUCCUGUCCUUCACCAAUGAGAAUUGGGAGUCGUUGCUGCUAGGCGCGCUCUCUGACACGCCAAGGCAAGACCGCUGUCACAAUCUCCUCAACGCUCUGAACUCCCACAAGGACAGGUUUGUCUCUGGGAAGGAGAUCAAGAAGAAGAAGUGUCUUUUUGGACUUCAGGUUCGAGCCCCUCCCCCUCUGACGUCCGAUUCGUCGCCCCUCAUCACCGACCCACCGACCAACAUCACGCACCGGAGAAGGUCAGACCCGUUGUCACUUCCCUGCCAGAGGAGAGUGGGGGGAGCAGAGUCGCGUAAAUCAAAGCGUCGCAUCAUGGAGACACAGGCUUGUCCACCCCCAGUUGCUGCCAACCCCAUUGAGCUACUGCCAUGUUGCCAUGGCUACAUGGGAGGGGCCAGCCUUUACAACUCCAGGAAGUCAGAGGAGGAGCUCGGUUUGAGCUCUCCACCCAAGCGGAUGUAUGCCCUGUACCACACCACGUACAACGGAAACACUGCACUCUCCAGGAGUCUCCAUCACUACAACAGUGCGGAGGACACCUGCAGAUUACCACCACCUUGCUUCCCAUACCCCCUCAACUCCAAUGGCAGCCAUCACCACCACCACCUCCAUCAGCACCAUCACAACCACCAACACAACCACCAACACAACCACGCACAACACCAGCCGGGGCAGAAGCAGCUGGAGCCCCUCAUCCUCCGCGAUAUGCCCCCUUACCAGGCUGGCAUGGGCGGAGGGGGCGGCACAGGUGGUGGAGGCGGCGGAGGAGGAGGAGGAGGCGGCAGCGGUGGCGGAGGAGGCGGCGUGGUCAGCGGAGGUGGGGACGGGACAGUGGCCAGGAGCUGGGGAGGAGGGGAGGCAGUGAGGAUCUUGGCGAGACGCGUCACGCCGGACGGGAAGGUGCAGUACCUGGUGGAGUGGGAAAACGUGAGUUUGUACUGACACAACGAGAGAAAGACGCCAUGACUGUUUGCAGUUGCCACAGGAAUACUGCGUGUGUAAUAUGUGGCAGUUUUCAAAGUAAAACAAAACAAAAAAACAGAAAGAAAGAAAAUUCCUACACGGUGCAAAUCCAGGUUGCUCUCAUAGUACCACCACUAUCCGACGUCAUUAUAGCUCACUACUCGUUAAUAAAUGUCCCUCUUUGCUAGUGUUUCUCUGAUAUUUGUACUGUUAACUUUGGAAUAUGCCUUUGCAUUUAUCAUGUUUUACAGUGAUGAGCGAAGAUAUUAAAACCUCCGGAUGAUUUGUAAAUCUUUGGGCCACACUGGCAAGAACACGUCUUAAAUUGUACUCAUAUCUUGACAUACAGGGCUGUAAAUAAGCGGCAGCUGUCGGACAAGAAGUUACGAAAGAUUACUGUUUUUUUCAGCGCUCAAGUACAAAAUAAGUGAGUUAAAACUUUAAGUGUUGUUUAACCUGUAACUUGGUACAUUUUUUACAUUUUGUUAUCUUGAAAUCAAACUUUAUUUUCCAUAAAUCAAACCUCAAACUUCCACUACUUGUCUUCUGACAGCACGCUGCUAAUUUAAAGGAACAGUUCAACAUUUUUGGGAAACACUGCUUCGAUUCGAACCUUGAUGCCUCUCUCAUAUCUAAAUGGUAAAUAUGAAGUCAAGAUUUAUCAUUGAGACUGAAAGCUAGCCUGUCCUCGUCCAAAUCUUUAAAAAAAAUCUGCCUUCCAGCACCUCUGAAGCUCGCGAGUUAUCCGUGGUUGGUUUGGUGGCUAUAUGCUGGACAAGGCAACAGGAAGUCACUGUUUAUGCUAAGCUAGGCUAACCAUCUCCUGAAUCCAUGAAAGUGGUAUCGACCCUCUUGCACAACUCUCUGCAAGAAAGCAAAUAUGCAUGUUUCCCUAAAUGUUCAAACGUAAUAUAAAACAAAGAAAAAUCGUCUUGAGAUGAAGUAUGUGUGCGUACUGUUUAAAAAAAAGGGCGAAGUCUCUUUGAAAUGAAGAAAGUAACAACACAAUGCGGCUUGUAGCACAAAGAUUUGGAGGCCAAGUGGUCAGGGCUAAAUACGAGCUACGUUUUGUUUUUCAUCUACUAUAUUUUGCAUUGAAUUAUAAUUAUUUAAAUGCUGCUGAAACGUUAUUUGUGGCCUGGAUGUCAAAAAUUGUUCAAAUUGUUCAGCCCCCGAUUAUCUAUCAUCUAACCUGAUUCAAAUCACCAAAGCGCUCAGCGAUUCAUUGUUAGUUUAAAUAAAGGUUUAAAAUGUACCUCACUCCUCCUUUUUUAAGGUAAUACGACAACUUUUAUUUCAAAGAAGUAGCUUUUCCCAGCAUUUGCUGUGGACAGUCGAGGGAUGAUCAAGCUAAACAGCCAGUAGCCAAACCCCACACUUCUAUCAGCCUUCACUUUUAUAAUUGCUCAUUCAUCAACGGACGGUUUAAUGUUCACGUGGAGUUCAGCGAGAAAAUGAGGCCAGAAAUUGACAGUGAUGAAUGAUACGUCGUCAGCGAGAGGCGUGAUGACAGCUGGGCGGUGGCUACGGGCUGCUCACCAAAAAGCAGUAACCUUUCAUCGGCGGUGAAGAGACGGAGCGGUGCGGCCAGUCUCGUGCGGCGUUUCUGGCCACGUAGAUGGUAUUUUAACGCCUUGCUUAAGGGCACUUUGACGGUCGUGGCUGAGGGAUUCCACCCGGCGUCUGCCAGCCUUUCAUCUGCUCCAUAAACAACAGAUUCUCUGGAGGUUUUCAUAGUUUUGCUCAUCGCGGUAUGUUAAUAAGAGAUUGUAUACAUGUUAUUACGAGGUUACUUAUUUGUUAUGUUAGAUUUUGUCAUAAUUUACAUUUAGAGUACUGUAUGUAUUAGAAAUAGGAGCCACGAGAGGGCUUUUGUUUUAUAGAUAGAAUUAUAUAUUCACAAUAUAUUGCUAUGAUGAAAUAACUUUAAUUUAUUUUUUUGACGUGGUUGCAUAGUGCCUAUAUGGGUUGUGUACCUGCCGAUUGGUCCGCUGGCCUGAGCCGACCAAUCAGACAACAGAGGAUGGCUCUUUAUCGAGUUGACAGAUACAACUACGUGGGUAAACAAGGACCAGUUCUAGUGUUGAGUAGAGUUUUUCUGAUCAGAACAGACUGUGACGUUAUUGUACAUUCCAAACAAACAACAAAAAAGACGCAUAUGUUAUUGAAAUGUCUGCUCGAAGUCACCGGGACGGAGAUUAUUUUGAAAGGAAGCGUGUUUCUUUUCUUUUUUUGAUGAGUGUUAAAUGCCAUAAAGAUCAGCGAAGGGUCCGGCCCCUCCGCUGCUGUUGUUCAGUUUCAUGUUGUGGGGAGUUCAGCCCUUACUUUCAAAGUAACAGUACAGGUAAAGAAGACACUGAGGUGCAACAUGGCAUUAAGGAUUCAUAAGUCAGGGCCCGACCGAUGGCAUCCUUUCCUCUCAGACGUGUUUAUAGACUCAAGUGAGGUGCUGAAGUUGGAUCUUAUCUUUGUGCAAACAGGUUACACAAAUCUAGACUACUGUGGUGCAAGUUUCAGAGUUUAUAUUUUAUACAGAUGUUUAUUUCAGCAAUCUGUUACGAUAAAACUUACACAACAUAUACAUUCAUCAGUGCAGGAAAGACUGUGCUACAGGUUUAGUUGGAAAAGCAAAAGACGAAUACAGCAUUUAUACUGUUCUAAUCACAGAUGCAGAUUUCAUUUAAGUACCGACCUCUCUGUUGAAGCAUCUCCUCCACCUUUGCAUCCAUUUCAGGCCAGUGAAAUGACAUUGCAUUGCAAUCCUCAUCCUCCUCAGUGACUAUUUGACUGUAGUUUAUUAGGAAGGGGUGUGUUGAACCUUUCUAGGCGAUGGUGAUGAAUGUAUUUGUGUGUUUUCUAUGGUAUGUCUAUACCCGUCAAGUGCUUGUUAUAGGUUGUACUCUAGGUGGAACUCAAGCAGAUUAGUUUAAAACAAAAAAGGAGGAAAUAAAGACAUCAACAUUGAGGACCAUCAUUUAUUUUGG